AUGCUGUUGAGAAAUUUGGAUUCCCCUUCACUUUGCAGUGGUACAAGAUUAUCUGUCAAGAAGCUCAUGAAAAUUGUUAUUGAAGCAACUAUUUUAACUGGUCCUGCAAAAGGAAAAGACGUGUUCAUCCCAAGAAUUCCCAUUAUACCAUCUGAUGUACCAUUUCAUUUUAAACGGCUUCAGUUCCCAAUAUCUUUAAGUUUUGCAAUAAGUAUAAACAAGGCACAAGGACAGUCUUUAAAGGUUGUUGUGCUAAACCUACGAAGUCCAUGUUUUUCACACGGCCAGUUAUAUGUUGGUUGUUCUAGAGUGGGAAGAAAGGAUAAUCUUUACAUCUUUGCUCCCAAUUGGAAAACAUUUAAUAUUGUGUAUCCAGAAGCCCUUCAAGAAUAG